AUGAGUCGCCCCCCAGGCCCCCACAGCGCCCGGGCCCCGGCGGGCUCCACGGCUCUACCCGGGCUCAUUCCGGACCUGGUCGCCCGGAUCCCUUGACUCCGCUGGGCGCUCAUAGCCACUGCGGCUGUGGCGGGCGUCCUCGUUGUUUCCUGCCUGCUCUGUGCCUGCUGCUGCUGCCGCGGCCGCCACAGGAAGGAGCCCAGAGACGAGGAGGCCGUGGGCCUGGGCAGUGCCCGCAGCACCAUCAACACGCACCUGGUGCAGCCAGAUGUGGAUAAGGUGGAGCCUGGCCCUGGGGGGCCCCAGUAGUGGGAGUGCCUGCAGCUGUCCGUGGAGUACGACUUUGGAAGCCAGGAGAUCAAGGUGGGCCUCAGGCAGGCAGUGGACCUGAGGCCCCGGGGCCCAGGCGGCACGGCGGACCCCUAUGCCCGCGUCAGCCUCUCCCCUGAGGCCGGGUGCAGGCACGAGACGAAGGUGCACCGUGGUACCCUCUGCCCCACGUUCGAAGAGACCUGCUCCUUCCACGUCCCCCCCGUGGAGCUGCCCCAGACCGCCCUGCGGGUGCAGAUUUUAGACUACAAGCUCUUCUCCCAGCACGAGCUGCUGGGCGUGCUCAGCCUGCCGCUGGGCACCGUGGAUCCGCAGCCCGUCCUGGAGCUCUGGCACCCUCUGGGCCCUUCUUGCUGCCCGCAGCCCGAGCAGUUGGGGGAGGUAUGCUUCUCGCUCCAGUACGUGCCCGGCUCGGGCCGGCUGACCGUGGUCGUGCUGGAGGCCCGAGGCCUGAGCCCAGUUCUGGCAGAGCCCUACGUGAAGGUCCAGCUUGUGCUGAACCAGAGGAAGUGGAAGAAGAGAAAGACAUCUGCCAGGAAGGGCAUGGCCACCCCUUACUUCAAUGAGACCUUCACCUUCCUUGUGCCUUUCAGCCAGAUCCAGAGUGUGGCUCUGGUGCUGGCCGUCUGGGUCUGGGGCCCUCAGUUCCAGGCCAAGCCCGUGAGCAAGGUUCUGCUGGGCGCCCGGGCCUCUGGUCAACCCCUACAGCACUGCGCAGACAUGCUGGCCCAUGCCUGUCGACAGCACUGCCUGCAGCCGGCCAGGGAGGUGGACCGGGCCCUGGCCUUGCAGCCCCACCUGCGCCUGCCCUUGGCUGGCUCCUGAAAGCAGCCCCGGCCCUUGGUCUCCCUGGGCUGGACCACGGGUCCCGUGCAGGCUGCCCUGGGGGCCCACCAUAAUAAACGCCUUC